AUCACAUCUCUGCACCUCACUAGUGUCACUGUCAUUAUUGUUGCGCACAGUUGUGUCAAAAAUAUUACAGCUGUUCGUUCAGUUUCGUGUUUUGAAAACAAAAAAUUGUGUUAAAAAAAUCUGCGGGCAUCGUGUGAUUUUUCAAGCACAACAAUCUUUAGCGUUUGUUGUAAUAGACAAAGAAAAGUAUUGGUUUGCUACAAAUUUUCAAAGUUAAACUGGUGAAAGUGAUGUGACAAGUGUAAUUCGUUAUAUUUUUAUUUAAUUACUUGGAAUAUAAUGGGUAAUCAGCUUGUGGGUGUCGCUCCGUCGCAAAUAUACCCCGUGGAGCACUACCUGAGCGACCAUGUUGACUUGUCCUUUGAUCAGAGCUUGGGCUCUACGAGGUUCCUCAAAGUGGCUCGAGCGAGAUCCCGCGAGGGCCUGGUCGUGGUCAAGGUGUUUGCGGUGCAUGACCCAUCGCUGCCGCUGGCAGAACAUAAGGAGCGGAUCCUGAAGAUCAAAGAGCAGUUGGCUUCGGCCUUCAAUUGCUUGCCAUUCCAGAGAGUUAUUCUCACAGACAAAGCAGGGCUUCUCAUGCGCGAGUAUUGCAAAUACAGUGUGUACGACCGCAUGUCCACGCGGCCCUUCCUCACGGCCCUCGAGAAGAAGUGGAUCACCUUCCAAGUGCUGUAUGCGUUGCACCGGAUGCAUAAGCUGGGGAUCUGCCAUGGGGAUAUUAAGCUCGAGAACAUAAUGGUGACGUCAUGGCUGUGGGUGCUUCUCACCGACAUUGCGUCGUUCAAGCCGACGUUUCUCCCCGACGACAACCCGGCAGACUUCAGUUAUUUCUUCGACACGUCUCGACGCAGGCUCUGCUACGUGGCGCCUGAGAGAUUCGUGAGAGCGCCUGAUCCAAAUAAUAGACCUAUGAGUGAUGACAAAAGCGGUGGCCUCUUGCUAAGCGAAUCGCCUUGUAAAGUAGGCGAGCUCGUGCCGAGUAUGGACAUCUUCUCAGCUGGGUGUGCGCUCCUAGAACUUUGGAACGACGGUACCCCAGCGCUGGACUUGCCCGGCUUACUAGCCUACCGUAACGGCGAGGAUCGUCCCAGUACCAUGACGCUCCCAGAAGGCAGCGACCCUCAGCUGAGGGAAUUAUUACACUCCAUGACUGAGCGGAGCCCUAAAGACAGGCGGAGCGCCGAGCUGUAUCUGGAUGAGGCUAGGGGGAAGCUAUUCCCAGAGUACUUCUACUCCUUCCUCCAGUCCUACAUGCUGAUAUUCUCGGCGCAGCCGAUCCUGCCUCCAGACGAGAAGAUCCUGCGUAUCCAUCAGGAUAUACGGAACAUCAUCAAGAUCUUCACUCAGCCGUCCGACGCCAAGAACUAUCAAGAUCUGGUGGACGAGACCACGGAACAGCAGGGCGCUGCGAGCAUUGAUGCGUUGAUGAAGGAUGACUUCAAAGUGUUGAAGCUCAACGUAUCAGACUACGAAGAAGAAGAAGAGAAAGCGCCGGAACCGAGACAGCUAGGGCCUGACAGCGAGGGCCUGAUCCUCGUCGCGUCACUCGUGACGUCGUGCGCGCGCGGCCUGCACCACUGCACCUCCAAGCUGCGCAGCCUCGAGAUCCUGCGGCUGCUGUGCGAGAGCUGCUCCGAGGAGACCGUGCUGGACCGCAUCCUGCCUUACGUGAUCCACCUGUCCCACGAUUCAGUGUCCCGCGUCCGCGCCGCGGCCGUAUGUACCGCGGCGAAAUGCGUCGGCCUAGUACGGAACCUGCCCAAAGCGGACUGCAACGUGUUCCCUGAGUAUAUCCUACCGGAGCUUGCCCCUAGAGCUACGGACCCCGCGGUGCCCGUACGGAUAGCCUACGCUAACAGUAUAGCAAAAUUGGCAGAAACAGCAGUCAGAUUCCUGGAUCAGACUCAAAACAUGGUCGACAAGGAAGCAACCAAUAUAAACUACGAAACAGAACUUUCAGCAUUACAUGAAAUGGUCCGUUCAACAGUAUCGUAUUUGCUGACCGAUUCGCAAGCGGUCGUCAAGCGAGCGCUGGUCGACAAUGGAAUCACAAAACUUUGUAUAUUCUUCGGCAAACAAAAAGCAAAUGACGUGAUCCUAUCCCACAUGGUGACAUUCCUCAACGACAAGGAGGAGGCGGCGCUCCGAGGGUGCUUCUUCGACCGCGUGGUGGGCGUCGCCGCGUACGUCGGCCACCACGCCUCGCCCAUACUGCUGCCGCUGCUGCAGCAGGGCCUAACAGACCAGUCCGAGUGGAUAAUAGCCAAGGCGUUAAGAGCCACCAGCAGUUUGGCAGAAUUGGGACUGCUGCCAAAACAGGCGCUAUGCGACUUAGUUGCUGAAAGCGCGGUGUACUUGGCACAUCCUAACUUGUGGAUAAGACACGAAGUGUGUGGCCUAGUUUCGUGCGUGGCGAGCCUGUUCAACCGAGUCGACGUGCACUGCAAGCUGCUGCCGCUCAUAUGGCCGCAUCUGAAGCACAAGCUGAUACAAGUGGAAAGGGCAGAGCUACUGCUAGAAAGCCUGUCCGAUCCGAUCCCUAGGAAGGUGCUGGAUGCGGUGCUACGUCACGGCGACGUCGACAGGCUAGUCCAGACUCUGAGGGAGCGGAGGAACACUAGGUUAAAGGUAAAACAAGGUACAAUGCCCCAAUAUUCGGAAAUGGGGCAGCAACUUAGGAACCUGUUCAGAAGAUUAGCAUCUGACGGAAUGACAGAACACGUAGAGAAUCAACUGUUGGCCAUGAGUGCUCACCUCAUAAAAAUACAGGGAUCAUCUACACAACACAUAACAGACGCGCCAGGGAGGCUAGUGCUAGCGAACACCAGUAUAUCUAAGUCAUCACAGCUAGACGUGGGGUCUGACGACAACACACUGCCUCAUGUAUCGGAUAAGAUGUAUACGUCGACACAACAGAGGCGACCAAACAAACCGUCGACGUCUCACGAAACGCAUAUGAACACAGAAUGGCAACACAUGUUCGGCCAGUCGCAUGAGCAUCACACUGCCAGAGCAGCGGAAUCGACAAACCAGUCGGCGGCCGGCGCGGCGUCUAUGGCGGCGGCGUCGCACGCAGCCUCCGCGGCGCCGGCGCACUCGCAGAUGGGACACAGCGCCAGUUACGUGCAGUAUAGCAUGGCCCCGUGCCGCGCCGAACUGAGAAACCUUACCGCUCGUAUGCAGCAAAAGUUCCAAAAGUCAUUAAGGACCCACGACGAAGGCGGCGAAGGCAACGACGAAAUCGUUCCUCCCGCGUCUUGGAGACCGGGGAAUCAAUUGCUAGCGUACCUCCAUGAACACAAAGCGCGGGUGAACCAAAUGGUGACUCUGCCAGCCAGUAAGAACAUGUUUGGGUCAUGUUCCGACGACGGGACGGUGCGGCUUUGGGACGCGGCCAGGUUCCAGGGACACGCGUACGUCAACAGGUCCAAAGCGAUGUACAACCGUAGCGCGGGCCCGGUGGUGGCGCUGGCGGCGUGCGAGGGCGGCCAGUCGCUCGCCGCCGCCACGCAGGAGGGAUCCAUAUUCGUGCUCAGGUUGGACAGCGCCUCCUCGCGGAUGACGCUCUCACAAUGCCGUCAAGUGGAGGCCAUGGGCUUCGACGACGGCGGUUGCGAGGCUUUAGCGUGCGCGGGCGGCGUGCACGCCGGCGUCAUCUCCUACGUCACGCUCAUGGGCGCCGUGGUCGGCUGGGACCUGCGCGCGCCCGGCAACGCGUGGAAACUGCAGGGAGACUUGAAGCUAGGAGUGUCCACGUGUCUGUACGCACACGCCGCCGGAUACAUAGCGGCAGGGACGUCCAGCGGCGCCGUCUGCGUGUGGGACCUGCGCUUCCAGCUGCCCGUCACUACCAUACGCCAUCCCAACUCGGAGCGCGUCCGCCGCAUCCUGGGCUUCGGGCGCAGCUCAUCCCACGUGUGGGCAGUGGGCGGACGCGACGCGGGCGCGUGGUGCCUUGAGUCCACGCAGCGAACACACGCGCUGUGGCCGUGCUUUAACGAGCCGCAGCCGCUGCAUUACACACACGCCGCCUCGCAGUACAUAGCCGCGGCGUACUGCGGCACCCGCGAAGGCAACCGCUUCAUAGUGACAGGCGGGUCGGACCAGCGCCUGCGCUACUGGGACCUGUCGCAUCCCGAGGACUCGUACAUCCUGCUGCACGGGCCCUUCGACCCUUUGAAGGCCAACCCCAACUUGGUGAAGUACAGAAGUCGCAUAAUCGACGGCACCACAGUCAUCCAGGAGUGCUGUAAGGUAAACCCUAACGUUCCCAACCCAAUGAUAGACGAGAACGUAUAUCGUGCGGUGGAAUCCCGCACCUUCUACCACACCGCGCCAAUCACCGACAUCACUAUGGUCGAGGGAUCUAAGCAUUACCUCGUCAGUUCUUCAGCAGACGGCGUCAUCAAUGUCUGGAAGUAGACUGUGUGAUCUUCGAACAGGUUACGCCAAGUUCUGCCUUGUUCUUUGACAGAUGGAGGCUCAUUUUUUAUGACAGUGACAGUUGUAACUUCGAAUUGACUUCGUUCCGUUUUUCUGUAUGUUUACUUCGUUUGUGAAGCGAUUUCGAAGUUAAAACUGUCACUUUUUUAAGUUGUCUAGGGGGGCUGAUUUUUAUUAUUUCAUUUGGUUCUCUCCUAGAGGACUUAUUGUACUGUUGUAUCAAAGUAUCAAACCACAGGAAUAUCUAACGUCGCUUGUGGGAUCAUCAAUGUUGGGUAAUUGAUCAAAUAACGAGAUUUUAAAUGACAAUUGACAGCUACUAUGUAGCUUUUCUAUCCUUAUUUCGUGAUAGCUGACGU